AUGAGCUCGGCAUUGCAAGCGAAACACUUGCGCGCUCAGGCGGCGGCUUUCUCUGUUGAGCUUGAACGCAAUCGAGGUUUCCCUGAGGUCGCCCAGGCAUGCGAAGAAUUGCAGAGCGCUUUGGAUGGAGCUUUCGAUAUGGAGGCAGCGGGGCGGCGCCCCCCGAAGCCUCGCCGCCGCGGUGUUUCAGAGCGGGCGCCGCCAGAGCGAUUGAAACGCAAAGUCAGAGACCUGCAAAGGGAUGAGCGCGAGGCCAAGGAGAAGGCCACCAAUGAGAAUCCAGCGCGGGGGCUGGCCAACAGGGUGGCCAACGUUUGGCGCGUGCGCACGAUGCUGGCCGAUGCUUACAUGUCAGCCGAGGUGUUGGCUGAUGUUUGUCGGCAGUUCACUGUGGAAGAGAAUUCAUCGAUCAGCGCUUCGCAGGUCGGGGGGGCCCGCGACGCUCGGGCCGAGAUAUUGAAGGACAUGCUGGGCGACGCUAUGGCCAAGCGGAUGGCUGGUGCGAUCGCCGAGGCUCCCCCUGCGGGCCAUGCGCUCCCAACUGUGUACUUGGUCCAUGCGCACGAUGGUGCAGAUUUGCGUCUCCGUUCUCAGUCUGCGGCGCAGCUGUGGGACGGGCACAUGGCGCUCCCGCGCACCGCUGUGAUGCGGGUCGUGUCUGCCGCUGUGUCGGCGCUCCUCCGAGAUUCGGCGGUGCUCCUCGGUGGUCGGCAGGUUCGCUUCGUGCACCUGCGCACCGCGGACGCUGCUUUCGCCAACGAGGCAGCGAUGCGGAUCGCGGCUCUUUUCUUUAUGCAGGAUUUCGAGCUGGCCAAUCGCAUCACGCACAGGCUGAUUUUAUACCGGCUCCGGCUGUUCAAGUAUCUCACGCCGCCUUGCGCCGACCACUUCGGCAUGCAAUUGCGGGGCCACAUCGUUAGGGGCUUCGAGGUUUUCGAGCGCGCCGCACUGCCCGAUGACCAGCGGCCCGACUAUGGGCUGCGGCGUUUGUACGGCGACGACGUCAUCGCGCCGGAGAUCGCUAAGUUGCUGAACGUGAAGGGGAAGAAGGAUGGCCAGGCAGAGGUGACCAAGGAGCAGCUGGACGCGGCCAAGAAGAAGGUGGAGCUCACACCAUCGAACAUGCGGGCAGCAGGGCGCACCCUGGACAACCUGAGGCAGCCCCACACGGAGGAUAACCAGAGGCUUGUCUUGGCCGUGAAGGACAUCAGUGCGGGUCUUCUGCGGCGUGGCCUGAGGGAACUGCGGGUGACCCCAGAGCAGUUUGCGAUGUGGAAGACGUACUCUACGGUGGAGAUGAGCCGGACGUCGUCGGCCUGGUGCGUCCCGAAAGCCAACGUGCCAGACACUCCGGCAGAAUAUUCCCAGUACGUGAUCGACACUUCGGGGUGUAAAGAACAGCCGCCAGGUUUCGACCCUCAGAACGAAGCGCUGUACGACGAGCGGGUCAUGGUGAACCUCCUCGGGCCCAACGCGGACGCAGUGGCUUUCAAACGGGCUCACGGGGCGAGCGGGGAGCCAGCCAGUGGCGCGUUGGCUUUACGCGACGAGGCCGCCUCCUCGAAGCCAGCGCCGGAGGCUUCAACUGCUGGAGCGACUCCAGUAGACGCAGCGGCUGCGGAGGGCAAGAUUGGGGCCACUGCGGGGCGAAGGAAGCUGAGGUUCCUGAAAAGCUCCGAGAGCAACCCGGAGGACAUCGAAAGCCAACUGGAGAUCUCGGCGGAGAACGUGCAGACCAGCUUGAAGAAGGAGAUCUACGUGCAUGGGAAUCCCGACAAGGCGACGGUGGUGACGUGGCUCAAAAGUUUCUGUUCCCUGGCGACGAAGCACUUGAAAAAGUCGGAGGGCGACGAUGCAAAGGCAGACGUGCGCGGCUUCAUCAGUUCGGGAAAAAAACAGACGGACAUCUUCGCGAAGGCCAGCAUGUGGAAGGUCGUGGAAGCGAUGGCCGCGCAGGGACCCCAGUCCACCAAGGCGUUGCCGAAGGAGGACUUGAAGCCGUCCGAGCUCAGCGUGCUCCACGAAUCGCCGCUCUGCAACGCGUUCCAGACGUCGCGCGAGGCCUGGCAGUUGAAGGUGUUGCGCGAGGACCACAAGUCAGGGGACAGCGUUCGCUUGGAGAGGCUGGGGGCAUAUAUGGAAGGGGCGGAGAAAACGGCGGAGAUGUCUUUGAUGAGCACCAUGUGGGGGCCCGCCUCGGACGCGACGAAGGCGAGGUACUUGCACGCCGAGGACGGGCGUGUGGGCAUGUACCGUGAGUGGGGGCCCGCGUCACCGCUGCUGAAAGCAGACCAGCUGUAUUCGAAGGAGACUGUCUACAAGGGGAUGCCGCGCGACAAGUUCGCGGGCCUCCAGGACGCCCACGCUGCCGUCGCGGAGUCCGCCCCGAGGAACGCCAAUGCCAUCGCGCGGUCCCUGUUCCAUGUGCGCGACAAGAUCCCGCGGGAGCUCUCCGCGCUGUUCGGGGAGGUGUGCGCGGCGAAGCUGGGCGCGACCGGCGGGCCUGGCUGCGGCGGCGACAUCGGCGGCGUCGUCGGGGCCCUGGGCGAAGAGCAGGCAUCCGCGGCCACCCGCGCCCUCCUGUGCCCGCCCGUUGCCGCCGCGAUUCUCCGGUGGCCCGAGGUUGCGGCGGCGGCGAAGGCGUGCGUCGACGGCCACCGAGCCCCCGUGCACGACGCGGUGGCGAUUGAGGUCCACAAGAGGAAUGCGGCCCCGAAGCCCGCGGAGCCCGUGGAGCCCGCGGCUGCCGAGGAGCCCGCGGGCCCCGCGGCUGUCCAGGAGCCUUCGCAGCCCGCGGCGCAGGCCGCGCCGCCCGCGAAGCCCGAGGCGGCCGACCCGGCCGCGGCGGUCACAGGGCAGGGUGAGCAGUCCGCAGAUGCCGAGAUGGCCCAGCCGGCCGCGAAGAGCGAGCCAGCCGCGGCGGCGCAGGUGCCUGGCGCGACCGCGCCAGGGCAGCCCGGGAAGCCCACUGCGCCUUCGGGCGCCUCGCCCGCCGCCCGGGACUUCAAGAAGGGGGGCCAGGCCGACGGGGGGAACGGCGAGUUCCGCACUUUCCAGAAAGUGAACGUGGAGCACAUCCAGAGUGACGCGCGCGAAGGCGCCCUCUCGUGCCCGCCGGCGGGUCAGCGCAGCCUGGCCGCGGCUAGCCCGGCCGCGGCUAGCCCGGCCGCAUCCAAGCCCGAGCCGCCCGAGAAACGCCAGAAAGUUACGCUGUCCCAGCUGUCCAAGCCACGUUCGGUGCCCGUGCAUGCCUGCAUGCGCUUGAACCGCGCGAGGCUGCUCGGGCGGGCCACCGGGGCCCCGGCGGCGCUCGGCCUCCCGGCGUGCCCGUCGGAGGGAGGCGAGGCGUUGAUUGCAGCGGGAUUGGAUAGCUACCGGCGCGAGAUGAUCAGCCUCGCCGCCGCGCGGGCAUGGAUGCGGCGGUUGGCAUCAGUGAAGCUGGCACCCGACCCCGGCGACGGUGGUAACGUCCGGGCUUCUCAGGACCACCAUAGGCCGCCGACGGAGUCCUACCGCAGCCUGGAGGCCGAGGUGGCGUCUCUGGCGGAGGAGCACCGCACCUUGGCGGCCGAGCUGCGGCAGCUGCGCGCUGCGGCCGCCCUGGCCCCCGCGGGCCCAGACUCGCCCUCCCGCGCAUCGCUGGAGCGGGGCGGCGGCGCUACCCGUAGCCCGCGCCGCAGCGACCCGCGCUGCGCCGCCGAGUGGCGCGUCGUGUCGCCGGAGCAGGCGCGCAGCCUCCGCCUCAGCGUCGCGGACCAGGGCAAGGAGCUGCGGCGGCUGGCCGAGGACCUCGCCGCGCUGCGCGAGGACGUGGAGGCCGUGCGCGCCGACGCCCUCGGCGCGGCCGAGGGUGGCGUCGUCGUGGAGGCGCAGUCCGCCGCCGUGAAGGCCGCGCGCGCCUACUGGGGCCAGUUCCGCGACGAGGUCCUGGAGGAGGCCGUCCAGCGGGCAAGCGCCGCCUGGCAGGGCGACGCCGCCAGGAGCCCUGGGCAAGCUCCGCGCGGACGCCGCUCAGCAGCUGAACGAGACGGCGGCCGCCUCCGCCGCUGGCGCGGCAGGCGACGCGGCCAGGAAGGGGCUGGAGCGGCUGAGGGCGGACGUGCUGCGCGAGGCCGUGGAGGCUGCCGUGGCUGCUGCUGGCGCAGACGCCGAGCGCAAAGCCGAGCAUUUGCGGCUGGAGGUCCUGCGAGAGGCGACGGAGUCGGCCAACGCUGCGUGGAGGGGCGACGCGGGCAGGAGAGGCUCGAGAGGUUCCGCGCCGAGGUGCUGGACGAGGCAGUCGAGGCGGCGAGGGCAGCGCUGAAAGCGGACCUCUCCGCCACGCUCGGCUCGCACACCAGGCAGAUCGAGGCCCUCCAGCGGCAGCUCCACGCCGCCGGCCCAGCGCGGGGGGCGUGGGCGCCGCGGAGCGGCCAGGAGCCCGAGUGGGUAUCGCCGGAGACGCUCCCGGACUCCCCGCGCCCGUGGCCGGCGGCAGACGCCGGCAGGGCGCUGGGCUCCCCACAGCUGGACUGGGACGAGGUGCUCACCGCGGCCAGCGUGCACGGCGGCUGGAGCGAGGCAGCGCAGCGGGCGGCGGCGGCGGCGAGCGGCGGCCCGCCAGACUCGCCAGGCCCCCAGGCUCGCCAGGGCGCGCGCGGCGCACCGGGCUCGCCAGGCUCGCCGCACGGGCGGCAGCAGGACCCCAUCGCCCGAGAGCCGGCCGCCGCUGGCCACACGAGCCCGCCGUCCUGGGCAGCGGCGCAGGAGAGUUCAGGCAGGACCACGUCAGCGUGGACGACGGACGGUGGCCGACGCGGACGGCCUCCCGCCCGGCCGGGCGCCCGCGCGCACAGGCCAGCUGCAGGCGGCAGCCUGUCCAGGCGACUGGCGAGCCGCCUGCGCGACUCCGACUCGGACGACUGA